AUUAAUAAAGUGAUCUAUCUAAAUGUUUAAGUAGACUAUGAGAGACUGGAGACCAGGAAAAGAGAAGACAGAGGAGUGUCUGGAGUAGUAUGAUGACAGCCCUUGGCUCUGCUCCAUUGCUGAUGAAAGCUGCUUAGACCCACAGUUGCCAUGGAAACCAACUGGAGCAGCCAGAGAGAGAGAGAGAGAGAGAGAGAGAGCAGCAGGAAGGUGGGACAGAGGGAGAGAGAAAGAGAGCUGUGAUAGAAGAGCAAGAACAGAAACGGAUAUACACAUUUUGAGCCAAUCUACAUAAUCACAGGCAAGGAGAAAGAUUUUUUUAUAUUUUUUUCAUUUUCAAAUGAAACAUUUGUAAUUGAUUUGUGUUAGGUGAUUUGUGUUUAGCUGCGAGAGAACAAUAGACACGCUGAUACGCUGAGUAUUAACAUGGAUGCCCAGUCAGAGAGCUGCGAGCCCCCACCUCAGCCUCCUGGUAAAAUACGCAAGGCACUGAAGCUGUUUAGCAAACGCAAGACAGGCAGUGGGGUAGCCAGUAUCUUCUCUGUGCGUGUUAAAGGUGAUGGUGGGCUCAAAUCACCCCCAUCAAGGAGCAAAACCCUAGAUGGAUUAACAGAGACAGUGGCUCCAGAACAAGAGGCAGAAUCAGUGGACCUAGACCAAGAGGACAGCCACAAAGGGGAUGCUGCAUUGGAUGAGCCGACAAGCAUGAAGAAUAAUCUGGAGUCAACCUCGACCAGACAGUCCAUCUCUUCUCUCACUUCUGCCAAAUCACUGAGCUUCCUUAGCAUGCUUCGGCGGAAUCAGAAGGGAGGAGGGGGAGAAAGAGAGGCCCAAACUGAGUCUCACAGACUUGGGCAGCAAAGGAAAGGCCUUAAAAGUCUGUUUGGGAGUGUACGUUGGCACAGGAAAGACAAGGAAGAGGAAGUUGAAGAUUUACCUGGUCCUCCUCUCCUUGCCUCUCGUUCUAAUAGUGUGGAAAUCAUGAAGGAAAACAUGACCCUGACUCCAAGGCCUGUACGUCACUCUACAGAUAAAUCAGAGUUUCAAAAACAACCCCCUCCAUCACAGGAUGACCAUGUCACCCUUGAGGACAAUAAUGAGGUGAGUGGAGCUGCUAAACCAUCAACUAAUGAUAGACUGAGCACGCUACUUGGAGAUAUCUCAUCCAUAUUGAGCUUGGACUCAUUAGCAGGUGGUGGUGAUAUUGUUGCAGAUGUAGAAGCAGAAUGGGUCAAAGUCAGUAGUCGUGUGGAGGUAGAAGCUGGCACAUGUGAAGCUGUGAAAAAAGAGAAGGCUUUAUCAGUUCCAAAACCUACACUUUCUGCUGCAUCUACCCUUAUCUCUACUUCUUCCACUAUAUCCUCUCCUAAAACAAAACUAAUUUCUUCAUCUACACCACCCAAACUCAUGCCUAGUCCUACAACAAAACAAACACUUUCACCUCCAUCUACUCCGAGCCCUACUACUUCAACUAAACCUAUCCCAUCCCAUAUAUCUCCCCAUACAUUUAUUCUCACAAAACCAGUCUCAUCCCCUGUACUUAGUCCUGACUCUUCCCCUAUCCCAUCACCAAACAUACCUGUCCCUAUUACCAUCCCUAAGUCCCUUCCAACCACACCAACUUUAACUAUUCCAACCAAACCUACUCCCACCCCUACAUCUCCACUUACCCCUGAGCCAUCACCUAAACCUUCCCCUAUCCUUUUCCCUGCCCCUUCCUCUGCUACUAUUUCUAAAACUCUUAUCUCACUCACAGAAAAAGCUCAAGAGCCUGCUGCUGCCAUAAUAAUUGAGCCCACCCACACCCCAAGUCCACCAACCAAACCCACCCCAACUGCUGCUCCCACACCCAUAACAAGACCCAUUCACUCCAUAGCCCAGGAUACUAAGCACAUUAGUGCGCCAGUAAACAAAUAUCCUCCAUUUAUCACAUCAACCAAGCCUGUUCCAACUGCUCCAGUUAUCAGACCCAAAAUUGUAACUACAUUUGGAUUAUCAACCAGCCGCAACACUGCACCUAUUAUCAAACCUGAGCCAAAGCAAUCUGCUCAUCAAAUAAAAUUAGGUCCCUUCCAGUCCCAGGCUGAAAGAAAUGGGUCAGGGUUAGUUGUCCCGAAGGCUUCACCUGCAGAACCUAGACCUCCUCAUGUUUCUAAACACUUGCUUGCAGCUAGCAAUCAGCCAACCCCUGCAGUUCCAUCUGUUACCUCUGAAAACCCUCCACAUAAGCCAGAACUUGUUCAUACUUCUCUACCUUCUGGGUCUUCCCUGCUGCCAACCUUGUUGACCAGUCCUUCUCCAAACAUUACACCCUCAUAUGUUUCAAGAGGAGAGAAAGGGCAGGAAGAUAUGGCAAGCCUAAGAGUGGUGGAGGACCCCCAACCUGCGUCUUCUUACAAACCGGAGAACAAGACCGUCUCUGUAAAACCCACAAUUCUCAGUAAGAUCCCUGUAAGUGAUUGGGGAAAGUCAAAACAGCACCAAAAAGAUGCCCAAUCCAAUGGCGAAGAGAGACAGUGGAACCUCCCAACACUAGUGCAUGCAGAGGAGACCUUGAUUUCUCUCUCCCGGGGGAGCAGCAGCAAGGAUGCCCUGAGUGACCUCUCUACUGAAUCAGGGGCCAUUACCCCUGUCCUAUCCCACAGCAAUGAAGAUAUACCAGACUCAGCAGCCUGCCCCACAAUAGAGACAGUCGGCAUUCCCAGGGAGUCCAAAAUUCCCAUCAAACCUGGCUCUACUGCAACCUACCAUGCUUUGCAAGGGAAAAUAGAGGUAGCACGCUCGAAGAUCCCUGUCUCUAAAGUGCCCAUUCGUCGGACUACCAGUAAGACUGGACCCACUUCCACAGUUGCUGCCACACGAAAAUAAUGAAAUGUUGUAUGCUAUAUUGCAAAACACAAGAUAUUCCAUUUACAACUGUUCAGAAGCUUCUCAUAUUUGGACAUGGAUCACCAUACCUUUUCACAGCCUCUUGGAUCAGAUGUCCUCAUUGAAAUAAUGCAGGAUUUUUAGUGUUAUAUUGGACUGACCUGAAUAUCUGUGUUUAAAACUCUGUAUGUACUGGGUAUUCCAUUUCAUAUUGUAUCAUUUGAAAAGACACAUAUGUUAUGAAUUUAACAUUUAUGAAUUUAGAAAGCUGUGUGCCACCAAGGAGAGAGAGAGAGAGAGAGAGAGAGAGAGAGAGAGAGAGAGAGAGAGCAGCUAAAAGCCCAGUUGGGAUUAUUUCUAUGGUAACUUAACAUGUAAACAGCAAGACAGACACUGAAGCACAACAGCUCUUGCCCAAGAACUGAAGCCAUGUAGACCUUGCUUGAUGUUUCAUAAACCAUCUGAAAUGGAGUGUCAAGGUUAUGUGGUUUUUACCCUGGUCUGAACCAUCAGAGGAGCUUAAGUGUCACCAAGUUUGGGUGCUUUUUUCCUGCCACACAGAAUUUUCUAAUGGAGUUUUUUGUAGCCUUUGUUACAUGUAUUUUGCAGAUCUUUUGUCUUUAAGGUUCUCAACCCUUCAGUGAAUAUUGUGGAUCCAUGUUUGUCUCUCUUGGAACUC